CAGCCUGGCAGUAUGGUGGAGACCUCUGGUGAGGGACGUCCGAACCAGGUGCAGACCAUAUUGUGUUUUUAUUCCAGUUUAUCCGUUACAGCUGCUGAGGAGAGCUGCAGCGGAUAAAAUUAGGGAAUUAUUAAGAUUUGUGAACCUGGGCUGUGGAGUAUGUCGGAAAAUCAAGAAAUGGACAUCAAAAAUUUUGUAUUCAAUGCAGCUAGGGAUGGCAGAUUACGGCGACUGAAGGUUUUCCUUGAACAACGUACCAAGGAAGAAGUCCAAAUGCUUGUUGGUGCAAGGACUGGUGGAGCUACACCAUUGGUAAUGGCAUGCCGUAAUGGCCAUUAUGAUGUUGCAGAAUAUCUUGUGGAACGUUGUGGUGCUGAUAUAGAGCAGCCAGGUUCAGUUAUGUUUGAUGGCGAGACCAUAGAGGGGGCUCCCCCUUUGUGGUGUGCUGCUGCAGCUGGGCAUCUCUCUGUCGUCAGACUUCUGGUUAGGCAUGGUGCAUGUGUCAAUAAUACUACAAGGACCAACUCCACACCACUCCGAGCAGCCUGUUUUGAUGGCCACUUCGAAAUUGUUAAAUUCCUUGUUGACAACGGAGCAGAUAUUGAAGUGGCAAAUAGGCAUGGCCACACCUGCCUGAUGAUUGCUUGUUACAAGGGUCACUUCCGGAUAGCCAAGUUUCUCCUCAGUCUGAACGCCAGUGUGAACAGGAAGAGUGUUAAAGGCAACACUGCCCUUCAUGACUGUGCUGAGUCAGGCAGCUUGGAAAUCCUCAAGUUACUUAUUGCACAUGGUGCUCAGAUGGAUGUAGACUCAUAUGGCAUGACGCCUCUUUUGGCUGCAAGCGUUACUGGGCAUACACAUAUUGUAGAAUAUCUAAUUAAAUUACCAAAUCUUGUAUCCAGACAUGAGCGUGUUGAUGCUUUGGAACUACUCGGAGCAACAUAUGUUGACAAAAAGCGAGAUAUGAUUGGUGCUCUGGGUCUUUGGAAAAGAGCAAUGGAUGACAGGUUUCCUCAGGGAGAACCACCUCUUCCUAAACCUGUGCAAGUAGUGACAGUUGCUGCAUAUGAUCAUGCUCGAGAGGUGACAGAUCAUGAGACUUUAGAGGAACUCCUUGCAGACCCAGAUGAAAUGAGAAUGCAGGCACUGGUGAUUCGUGAGCGCAUACUUGGCCCUGCACAUCCAGACACAAGUUACUAUGUGCGCUACAGAGGAGCUGUCUAUGCUGAUGCAGGAAAAUUUUCACGCUGCAUUGCCCUUUGGAACUAUGCCUUAGACAUGCAGCAGAGAAUGCUGGAUCCCCUGAAUCAGAUGACCCAGAGCUCACUGUCGUCAUUCGCUGAGCUGUUUGCUUUCAUGGCUGGAGAGCAGGGCCGACCAGCAGCACGUGGUAGGAGAGUUCCUGAAGCAUCAUUUGAAGAAGUGCUAGAUGUACUUCGGAAGGCAGUGAGAGAGGUAGAGGCUGGCUCAACUCAACUGGAUCGCAUGCCAGCAGCAGCUGUUGGUGAACGAGAAACUCUUCAGUUACGUCGAGCUGUUGUUGUUGCCCUGCAGCUUGCAUGUUUGCUGGCACGUCUUUUGCCAGGACUUGAUGAGGCUCGUACAUUUGAACUUCACUGCACUGUUUACAGAUUGGCAAAGGCACCUGUAACACACAGACUUGGAGGAGCCACACCCUUGCAUGUGGCAUGUGCUCAGAGAGGUGGAGGUGGAACUGAAGGAGGAAGAUAUCCAGCCUGCCGUCUCCCUUCAGCAGCUGUUGUAUCUUUGCUCCUUGCAUCUGGAGCCAAUGCAGAUGCAAAGGAUGAUGAUGGCUGCACACCACUUCAUUUUGCAGCUGGCGCUACAACAGAGUUAGGUGCACCGUCUCUCAUUAGGACUCUGCUUGAAGGAGGUGCACAUUUAGAUGCUAGGAAUGGUCAGGGCCGUACAUUUGAACAGCUGCUGCCUGCAGGUGUUGCACUACAUGAAUUAAUAAAUCCAGUACGCUACACAACACUCACUUGUUUAGCUGCAGCCACAAUUCGUAAAUACAAUGUGCCUUAUCGUGGACAGAUUCCUGUCUCAUUGGAAGAAUUUGUUGCACGUCAUUAAGAUAGAGAAAAAUGGCUGAAUGCCAUUGGGUGACACAGAUCUUCCAGAGAAGUGGAAUUAUAUCAGCAUUAAUUAGCACUGUAUUGUUACUAUGCAAGCAAUUUCUUGUAAAGUAAUAGGAAUUACGGUAUGAUAAUAGCCGUACAGUACUAAGCCUUUAUAAUAUCAUUAGCUGAUUCUAACUGGGUUUUCACAAAAUCACAUGAAAUGAUGGUUUUGUUUGUUCCUGAGAGUGAGAGGAUAAUUGUUGGAAAUGAUAUCCACUUGGUUGAUCACAUCUUGAGCUACCAUCUUAGUACCGUUGUGUACAUUAUGGCAGUGGAACAGUUGUGAUAGAGUAUUGUUUUGUGAUGACUAACAACUGUGUGGAUGAAAAUGAUCAUCACAAUAUUCAUAUAGAGUACCAUUUGCUUUUUUCCUGAGCUCUGAUCUAUGAUUGAAGUGUGUUAGCAUCGUGCUGCGUGAAGUUGAAUUUUGGAAUAAUCAUAUUUUUGUUCUGUAGAAGAUAGGAGAAGUGUUUACUUUGUAUCUUCAGUAACUGGGUUAAUAUUAUACUCGAUAAAUUAAAAAGUUAUUUGCUUGAAUUCUUAAAAUGACAACCUUAUCAAAGCUGCUCGAUAAACAUAUAUACUGAAGUGUAAUUGUCCCUUCUUUUUUUAACCCAUAAUCUCAUUUUUAAUAAAAUACCCCCACUUUUUGCUGCUCAAGUGAAAACAACUGUUUAACUACAGGUUAAUCAUAUUGAUUGCUUCCUCAGUCUUUAUGAUUAGACAUUAGGGAUUGAACAAGAUUGUCAUUUAUGUUGUAUCAAGGUAUUCUGAUCAUGGUACACGAGAUGCUGAAGUCAUAUUGUUUCCGCUGCAGAGAUAAUAUCUGCUCCAGCAUUCAUCUCUGCUGAAUCGUUGACAGUAAUUGUAAAUUAGGAAUUUCUGACUGACAGCAUAGUAAUCACUAUUUGGAGUGUAGUUGUGAUAAUCUUUAUGCCCACAAAAUCAUUCAGCUAUAGAUCUAAAUGUCAUUUUUCAGCAGGUCAUAUCCUUUAGUUACUUAAGUGUA